GGGAGAGCGCGGCCAGGGCUGCCCAGCGGGGCCUCCUCCACACCCCCCGCCGCAGCAGCAGCACCGGCGACAGAUUUUUAAAAACAUGGAUUUGGCCAACCAUGGACUUAUUCUCCUGCAGCAGUUAAACGCUCAGCGCGAGUUCGGUUUCCUGUGUGACUGCACGGUUGCCAUCGGCGAUGUGUACUUCAAGGCACACAAAUCCGUUCUUGCUUCAUUCUCCAAUUACUUUAAGAUGUUGUUUGUCCAUCAGACCAGUGAGUGUGUCCGUUUGAAACCAACUGACAUCCAGCCUGACAUUUUCAGCUAUCUCUUACAUUUGAUGUACACUGGAAAGAUGGCGCCCCAGCUGAUUGAUCCCGUUCGCUUAGAACAGGGGAUCAAGUUUCUCCACGCUUACCCACUCAUCCAGGAGGCUAGCCUGGCCAGCCAAGGAGCCUUUUCUCAUCCUGACCAAGUUUUCCCGCUGGCUUCUUCCUUGUAUGGCAUUCAGAUUGCAGACCAUCAGUUGAGACAAGCCACCAAGAUUGCUUCCGCACCUGAAAAACUUGCCCGAGAUCCACGGCCACAGCCCUCGAGGAUGAGCCAAGAACAGGUACCUGAGGCCUCCCAGCUCUCGCAGCUGACUUCAACCCUGACCCAGGUGAAUCGGACACACAUGACUCCCUCAGACCCGCUGCAGACCUCCCUGUCUCCGGAGCUCGUUUCCACUCCUGUUCCUCCCCCUCCCCCUGGGGAGGAGACCAAUCUGGAAGCCUCCUCCUCUGACGAACAGCCUGCGUCCCUCACCAUAGCCCACGUCAAGCCGAGCAUCAUGAAGAGGAACGGGAGCUUUCCCAAGUACUACGCCUGCCACCUGUGUGGACGGCGCUUUACUCUCCGGAGCAGCUUGCGGGAACACCUCCAGAUCCACACGGGCGUCCCUUUCACGUCAAGCCAGCCGGGCGAGAGCCGAGUUCCCCUGUCUCUUUGUAGCAACGCAGCUGACCUGGGGAAAGACGCCUUGGACGUGCCUGAAGCUGGGAUGAUAAGUGACAGUGAGCUGCAGCACGUCUCAGAUUCCCCAAUCAUCGACGGACAGCAGCACUCGGAGACGCCGCCGCCCUCGGACAUCGCGGACAUUGACAACCUGGAGCAGGCGGACCAGGAGAGGGAGGUGAAGAGGCGGAAGUACGAGUGCACCAUCUGUGGACGCAAGUUCAUCCAGAAGAGCCACUGGCGGGAGCACAUGUACAUCCACACCGGGAAGCCUUUCAAAUGCAGCACUUGUGACAAGAGCUUUUGCAGGGCCAACCAGGCUGCCCGGCACGUGUGCCUCAACCAGAGCAUCGACACGUACACCAUGGUGGACAAACAGACUCUGGAGCUCUGCACGUUUGAGGAAGGCAGCCAGAUGGACAACAUGUUGGUACAAACCAACAAACCCUACAAGUGCAACUUGUGUGACAAAACAUUCUCCACCCCCAAUGAGGUUGUUAAACAUUCUUGCCAAAACCAGAACUCGGACGUUUUUGCCCUAGACGAAGGGCGGUCCAUUCUCCUGGGCAGUGGGGACUCCGAGGUAACGGAAACUGACCACCCAGUGUUAGCUUCCAUCAAAAAGGAACAGGAAACAGUGUUGUUAGACUGAAUGUUACUUACCUUUUUAAAAACUGUCAUUUUUACAAAGACUAUCUUCCUUCCCUUCCCCCAAUUCAGAACUAGAGUUCUCCAUGGCAUGAUAUGAACAGGUCCCUGGUCCCUCUCUCCUUGCCCCCUUCCGCCGUCCCCAGCCCCUCCUCCCUAAAGGUUUUGUGCAUUAUCAACCUGGAACAUAUUUACUUUAAUUCAGGGGAUAUUGGAAAGAUAAUGGUCAGUAGUACUUUUAAACUCAAAUAGAUUUUGAGAAGCUUAGAUUAUUUAAAAGCAUACUUGGAACUAAUGAAGGGUAUAUAACAAAACAACUAGAAUGCAAUUUGGUAAGCUAAAAUUAUGACUUUCCCUGGGAAUAAAUCUUCCUUCUCAGAAAAACAGUGUUCGAAAAUACAGCAUGCUUCUUAGAGAUACAGCCAGGCUCUGAACUAUGCAAAAUCUAGAAGGUGUGGGGAAACUUUUAACCCAAGAAAAUGUUCUUAGGAUUCAUCCUCCAGGUGUCUUAUAUCAGAAUGCAUCCUUUGAGAUUAUGUCCAGUCAAGAAAAAUCAUUAGUUAAGAAAUCUACUUGAACAAAACACGAAAAAGUAAUAAUGUGAUGGCAAUCUUAAUUUUUGGAUAAAACAUGACAAGCUGUGAGUUUGUGUGUUUGUAAGAGCAGAUGUGUGGAAGAGGUGAAUUAAUGCACAUGCCUUAUCUAAUUGCUGGCUUCUUUCAAAGUUGAACAACAAAAUGCUGUAUUUCAGUUUCUGACAAAUUUGGUGGUGGUUUUAAAAAUCAGAUUUGAAGGUACUAUUCUAGAGAUUAUCUUUCUGAUGAAAAAAUGACAGGCCAUUCUAGCAGUUGCCAGUAGUAAACUUGUUUUAGCACCAACCAUCUGCUCUUUAAUCAGUGUGUACUGCAGGAAAAAGGCUACAGGAACGAGCAUCUUACAGGGGAGGUUGUGAGCAGAAUAUGUAGUAACUGUAACGUCUUCAUGCUAACAGUUUACUGGCAACAUUCACUGAAACAUCAAAAAUGGCCAAGAGAAAUCAGGACAAAAAACCUAAUUGCUCUUUGGGAAAAAACUUGAUUCUGAUGUUCAGUCUCCAAAUUUUUUCUUUUUUAACACCUGAAAUUUCCUCCAUUGGCCUAAAAACAGUAAAAUUUGUCCAUUAAUCUUCACUUAGGCCAAUAACAGAAUGGUCUCACAGGACAAAACAGGAGCCAGAACUAAGGACCGAAGGGGAAGGGAAAAACAGUUAAUAGCUGUGCUGUACGUAUAUGUUAAAAACUGAAUAUCCCGUCAUCCUAUUUCAUGUAUAGUUGAGUUCUCAGAUUUGUAAGUUUUUAUACAUACUUUCAUUGAAUAAACAUUUAAUUAAAUGGGAA